AUGAUUCCUUCAGCAGCCAGUUCGUUAGCCAAGAGGCGCAAGAAGAAGAUCAUCGAUGCGGAGAGUCUCGGUAGGAAAAGGCUGGAGCAACUGAUGCGAGAUUGCAAGCCGCAGGAGUCGACGCCCGUGGCAAAGAACGAGGCAAAGAACGUGGCGAAGAACGUGGCAAAGAACGUGGCGAAGCCUGAGGUGCAGGCCAAGCCCAAGCUCAAGCCCGCGGUGGUAGAGCCCAAGCCCGUGGUGAGAGAGCCCAAGCCUGAGGAACAGGAUGAACCCGGUGCAGAGCCUGCGGCAAAGCCUGCGGCAAAGCCUGCGGCAAAGCCUGUGACAAAGGCUGUGGCACAGCCUGCGACAAAGGCUGUGGCCAAGCCUGUGGCAAAGCCUUUGGCAAAGCCUGUGGCAAAGCCUGUGGCAAAGCCUAAGCCUGUGGCAAAGCCUGUGGCUGCGGGGGUGAAUUGGGUGCCGAUUGCCUUGAUCCUUGCGGCUUGCGUGCUUGGACUCGGGGCCGCGAGCCAACAUCCAGCUGUGCAGGCGAAGAUCUUUGGCUCUCCCGGCACUGGCUUUCCAAACCUCAUGGGAUCAAAGCCUUCCGGCAAGCCCAGAGAAGGAGGGUCUGGCUACGACCCCGUGGGAAGCUCCUAG